CCCUAUUUGAGUAUACAUGAGAUUUAUUCAUUAUGUCUUCUGAUAUUACACGAUAAACUUAACAUUGGUAAUUGAUUCCAGCGGGAUCUACAGUAUUUAGCGUUAUGAUCUUUGAUGACUAAUCUUGGGCAUUCUACUUGCAGCAAAUUAGUUGGUCAAACUGCAAAACCUAUGUUUGAAAAGAUAUUUAAUUGUUCCAACUCAUGUACCUCACAUUCAGUCAAAAGAAUUUUAUCUGCAGCAGAGAAGCGCAGUCGGUACUUCCGCCGACUGUUUCAUGUUAGACACAUGGAUUUCGAAUAUGCUUUAUGGCAGAUGUGGCAACUCUUUAUUGGGCCGCAACGUGUGUUCAGGAAUUUCAAUUAUCGCAAAUGUAUGUACAUCGUUUACAAUAUGUAAAAUCUUCAGGUUCGCGACAGCAAUGGGCAAGAGAUGAUCCAGCAUUUCUAGUCCUGAUGAUGGUUUUCUUGAUCUGUAAGUCUCAAUAAACUUUCCCUGACUUCCUUCGUUCCGUUUCAAAUACCGUGCGUUUUGAUGGGAUUUAUGAAUUUUUAAAACGUCCUGAAAGCAGUAAUACAUAUUGCCAGAAUGUAUACAUUCUCUAUAAAUGUGGUAAACCAUGCAAAACACGAGAUAGGUAGUGUUAAAAAGGCAGUUGCAUUUUACAUCCUACCAUUCUGGUGGCUUAUUACACCAACUGCACCGAAUACAUUUUUACGUAUUUUUCGAAAUUAGAUUCACGAUGAAACUGAAAUAAGAUCUUUUGAGUGAUAAAUAAUAUUGCCGUCCAGUUUCUCUAACUGUAUUGGCUAAAACAAGGUUCAAACAGGUACUUAAUGACUAAAGAUCGGCUACUUUGACAGUUGUCCCGCUGUUCCACUGUAUUGCGGAUUAUGUAAAAACAUUUGUUUAUGUUUGAAUUCCAAUUGUUUACUUGGUUGAUUAUAAACGACUGAAAAGACGCGUUUCUGAGCAUGAGAAUGUAUUUUUGAGUAUACUAAUCAUGAGUUGAAUUUCACCUAUAUCGCAGAUUUUGUCAUUCGUUCUUUUGUAACUGAAUUAAUCCCAGCCAAUUUAUUUACUUAAUUUAUGUGCACAUAUAUUCAGUUAUCGUUUUUUUUUAUUUCGUGUUAGUCCUUUUUUAGCUCCUUGUGUAAUAUGCCGUAUUCCAUAGCCUAAGGAUGCUCACUUUGGUUCUGAGUAACGACCUGAUUUCAUCAUUUUCCGCAGAAAUAGUUUCGAAUCAUCUGUUAUUUUAUCUAUAUCCAUAUGAUAUACUUCAUUUUCUUCGGACUUCAUGUCAGCUCUGAUGAAUUGAUGUCUGACACCAUACAUAUUCUAAAAGCUCUCUUUUCAACUGUUAACUUGUGGCAUAGACGAAAUGUUUAUCUCCGAAACAACAUGCGAGUAUGCUGCACAACCUCUCUACUUUACUUCACUGCUGUAAAUUUUGAUCUUUAUAUGUAAAGGAGAUAUGGUGGUUACAGGUGUCCAAUCAUAGGUGCCCUCGAAGCAUGGCUGUUAAAUGUUAAGACGUUUGAGUGAGCAAUGCUAGUGUUAAACACAGGGUACUAGGCACUCAUAACAAAUCAUUUGAUACGAUUACGAAUCUCCCUUAACUGUGAUGGUUGAAAUACAUAUUUCGUAUGGUCAGCUACCGCCUACCUUAAUGCCCAAUGUUCACAAGAGCAGGAGGUUGUAGGAAAGCUAGGGACAAGCAAACCAAGAAGUAUUAUCAGUAUGCAAAGUCAUUGCCUAGUGAUCUGUGACGUGUUUCUAAGUGAAGAUAAUCUGGUUGAGGUUCUCGCAAUUACUGUCAUCAGUUGUUGAAAACGUUGUGACGUGGCUCAAUAUCAGUUGCAGUGAGGUCACUAAUGUCACCACUUCUUUGAUAUUCAGUUUGUUAACUUCAGCUUGCUGUACUGAUGUGAUGUUGAAACUUGGGCCAACGCCUCAGGUUCUAUGUUGAUUAUGACUGCCUUUAGUCAUAGAUUGUUGUAGUUAGUAAUUUGAAUUGGAUGUCAUAAUACAGUUGUCAUACUCGGACUCUUUAAGUUAGGUACAAAUGGGAUAUUUCAAAGAUAUAAUCUCAUUCAGCUAACAUAUCCACUAACGAGUUGAGAAGUGUGACAAAGCAGUUUAUUCCUAAAAUCAUAGGAUGACUAAUGUAUACUAAGCUAAGGUUGUCAAAAACGGUGUCGACGAAAUUUUUUAUUUAAAAUAUUGUUUGUUGUUUCAAAAAGCAACUGAAAUAACUUUUAGUUGUUUAAAAUUCAAAUGCAGUCAGUUGUUUGACUAUUUAUUUUUCUAUCUAAUUCUGUGACCAGUUACCGUAUUGAUUGUACCUUAAUUCUUAUAGAUUGAUAACAUUGUAUUUAAAUAAUUCUUUUUUCAUUCGAAGACUUAAACUCAAGAUUCGUUUUUGAUGCAAAGUCAGACUAAAAGUUAUUACUCAUUAACACCUGCCCUAUUAAAGCUUUAAUCCCACUGCUUCAACUUCCAAAUAAGUACUUUGUCAAUCAUUAUUCAUGAAAUACAUAUUUAGCCAAAGUUUAUUUGUUUUCUCAAUGAACCGUUGCAAGCUAUUCACACCAAAAUUCUUUCAACAAAUCUAAAUAAUUGCUUCACUUCUCACUACACUGUAGUUACUUCGUUGGGGUUUGCCUUUUGUAUGUCGUUAAAUGCAAUUCAGUCAGUUGAGUUCGUCCUAUGGGUCGUAUUCGUCGAUUUUAUUGCAAUUAGUCUUCUCCAGGCAACAUUCUUUUGGAUUAUUACGAAUCAUUUCUUCGUUGAUUCAUCCAAAAGUCGUCCACAACUCAAUGGAUUGGGACCUUUUGUUGAAACCGAUCCGCAAGUUGAAUGGGGAUACGCCUUUGAUGUUCACUUAAAUGGAUUUUUUCCGGCAUUGUGCAUUUUGCACUUGUUACAGUUACCUUUUUUGUACAUUAUUCUUCAAAACUGGUUCAUCGGGAGGUUACUGGGUAAUACUUUUUGGUUGACGAGUUUCACUUACUACACCUAUAUCACAUUCCUGGGUUACCGUACUUUACCGUUUCUCAAGCGUACAACAGUUCUGUUGUGGCCAGUAACAGCUGCUAUCGUAAUUUACGUGGUAUCGCUUAUCAUGAAAUGGAAUUUCACACUUUUUUUAUGUCAUUUCUACCAGUUCCGUUUAUUUUAGUGAAUGAUUGCAAAUGUGUUAACUGUGAUACAAAUUAAAGAGAAAUACUAUGUUCUCUGAUUGUAAAUAUUUUUAAAAAGUGAUGAGCUAUAAUUCCACGUGUUCUAAUACUUGAUACAUGAUUAUGUAUAGUUGAUAGUUGUUUGCUGUUAAUAUUUAUUCACGCAUAUCUGGACUGGAUACUUUUGCAUAAUUUAUUUUAUUUUAACAUUGCAAAGAUACUGAAUUAAUAAAUAUUUAUUAAUGAUCA